AUCGUUUAUAAGGUGGGGGCAACACGCGCCAAAACUAGCGUCGGUCGAAACAUUGAAUGUCCAGAACACAUGUAAUAAAAGGCAAACAGUAUAGUUAAAUGUAAGAUUUGGUAAGUACUUCUCUCAUCAUAUGAAAAGCUAAAACAAAGAAAGAAAGAAAGUUGAGAGAUCCACCUCGAACUCCUCUCCAUCUCCCUUCUCAAUCAUCAUCAUCAUCAGAUAGAUAGAUAAAAUGAGAGAAGACGAUUCCGACUGGUUCUCAAGAUGGGAACAAGACCUCCCUUCUCCAGACGAGCUCAUCCCCUUGUCUCAAUCCCUCAUCUCUCCCGAUCUCGCUCUCGCCUUCGACAUCCGCAGCCCCGGUCAACAACCUCACCACCACCACCCAUCCACCCCCCAAGCCAACUCCUCCGCGGAAUUCGCGGCGGAUUCAUCAGAUCUCGGCACCGCCGGAGACGAGCCGGCGCGGACCCUGAAGAGGCCUCGCCUCGUGUGGACCCCCCAGCUGCACAAACGCUUCGUCGACGCGGUGGCGCAUCUCGGGAUCAAGAACGCUGUUCCGAAGACGAUCAUGCAGCUCAUGAGCGUCGACGGGCUGACGAGAGAGAACGUCGCCAGCCAUCUGCAGAAGUAUAGGCUUUACCUCAAGAGGAUGCAGGGAGGAGGGCUGUCUUCCGGCGGCGGAGGCGGAUCGGAUCCGGCGACGGAUCGGCUCUUCGCGAGCUCUCCCGUGCCGGCUCAUUUCCUUCACCCGAACCGCUCCGACCAUUUCAUGCCGUCUUUUGUCCCAAUCGCGACGCUUCAGCAGCAGCAGCAAAUGGUUGCAGCCGCAGCCGCUAAUUCUCAUCUGCAACCGCCUCAGUUCCACCACCGUAGUCAAAUCGCGGCGGGGCAUUUCGGAACGCCGACGGCGAAUGGGAAGUUCGAUGCGUCGUUCUUGGCGAGGCAAACGCAAACGCAAACGCAAACGCAGCAGAGAAUGUCUACACCAACGUUGCAUAGUCCCGUUAGUAAUUACGUUGAGGAUUUGGAAUCUGCAAACGCUAUUGGAGGAAGAACGGUCUUGACUUUAUUCCCAACUCGAGAGGAUUAAAAUUUGGAAUCGAAUAAUCUUGGUAAUAAACUCUGCUUAAAACACUGGUUCAAUGUAGACCAAGUACAAGCUCACUUCUGUGACCACUGACCAUCCAGUUUGAAUAAAUUUAAUAUAUGUUCAAAAUGUAUCUUGCAGUCUUCAAGAAACAUUGAGACAAGUUCUAUGCAGUGAUUAUCAGUUUAACAUUGAUAGUUGAUAGUUAAUUA